ACGCGCUACUCAAGUGUGAACAAUACCUUAAUUCAAUAUAUACGUUUUUGUUAUACCAAAUGAUAAGUGGACUUAAUAAAUAAUAAAAAACAAAACCACAAAAAUUCCUCUAACUAGGUAAAAAUUGAGACACUCUCAAGUCCAUAAAUUAAACCUCAGUGGCGACUCUCCACACUUAUGAUAUGAUAAUAACAAAUUAGAAAGAGAUUACCAUAUUGGACAUACAUAACAAAGAUAAAAAAGCACCCAUCGUUGAUGCCGAAAUUUUAAUACCCUCACAAAUUGGCAUUACAUUUUUAAGCCCUGGUCAAUACAAAAAUGCCGAUUAAAGAUCUCCUACAGCGAUGCCAGCCCAUUCCCCUCUAUGUGGUAUUGGUGCUAUCCAUUUGCUAUUUUUUACUUCAAAUGGUCUUCAGUCAUAUAACCCAUGCAUUGACUUUGCUCAUGUCCUCGUAUCACAUGUUGUGCAAUAUUUUUGCACUUGCUGGUUGCAUUUUAACAAUUAAGCAUAGCAAAAAGAAACAAGAAGAAGAGGAGAAACGUUCUCUAUAUAAUAGAAAAUCAGUGCCAUCAUCGAAUGUAUCGUCGCAGGAUAAGAUCACUGUGGUGGUUCAACUAUCGGAAACCGAGGAACAAAAAUUGGCCAACAAACGUGAGAGUCGAGAGCAAAAGCUAAGGAAUACCUUCGGUUGGGCUCGCAUCGAUAUAUUGACCAUGCUGAUAGUCUUCAUUAUUUUGGCAUCUUUAUCCUUUUCUCUGGUGGUGGAAGCUCUACAGACUCUUGUUCAUAUCGAUCAUCAGGAUACAAUGCAUUUACCUAUUGAAGUGAUGAUGCUGGGAUUUGUUGGUCUUAUACUUAAUGGAUUGACCUAUCUAUUAAUUGGUGGCUAUACCCUGCAUCAGGGAAGUUUUCUUCAUUUGACACCCGGUGGCAAUGUUGUCCUCGAACGCUCCAUGUCCAGCAAUAUGGACGUAUCGCUUAAGCCGAUGCAAAGACAAUUGAGCAAAUCUCGCAAUGAUCGUCAAUUGCGAGAGGAAUUGGAGGCGGAAAUCGAGAAUGGUGUCUAUUUGACCACCAAACGGCAGGGAGCCGUUGAAAUGCUACGCGAUGUAUCGAGUACCAUAUUUGUGAUUGUCUGCGCUGCCAUUGUCUAUGUAGCUGAAGAUGAGAAGCAUACGGCUAAAUUUAUUGAUCCCGUCCUAUCGAUAUUCUCUUGUGUCCUAUUGCUGUCCUUGAGUUAUCCAUACAUGAAAGAGUCUUGCCUGAUUCUGCUGCAGACUAUACCCGGUUCGAUUGAUUUGGAGAUUUUUGAACGCACUCUAGUCACAAAAUUUCCGGAAAUUGUUAGCUAUCAUGAUCUGCAUAUAUGGCAAUUGGCUGCACAUCGUUAUGUGGCCACCAUACACAUACAAUUCCAGAAUCCCAAACUGUAUUUAAAGAUAAUUGAACAAGUGCGAAAUUAUUUCCAUGAGCAGGGAAUUGGUGCUGUGACCAUACAACCGGAAUUUUAUCCAUCAACAAAUAAGAACGCCUCCGCCUCGCUGGAAUGCCUGAUGCAGUGUCAGGCAGCUGAAUGUGCCGAAAAGGUUUGUUGUCGGGAUUCACGUACCGAUUUGAGAGAAAUAAGUCAAUGUCCAGAUGGUAGUCAGCAAGCAAUGCCAUCCUCCUCUGCCUCUUGGUCCUCCAAAUCUGCCAGCUGCUGUCCUAAAUCACAAUCAUGUGCAGAAUUGAGAGUGGUCAUAGUGGAGAAACCGCAAGAAUUGAAUGCCUCUCAAUUGAUGAAGGCUGACAAGGCUGAUGGCAAGGAGGAGAAUAAGCAAGAGGUCGUCCUCCAGGCUCUGGAGGAGUCGUCACCCAAACUAAUUAUAUCGAAAUCCAGUCCAGAAUUGGCCGAGAACUGCUGAGAGGCCGUUUUUUAUGUUUUAGUAUUUUUUUUUGACGAUUUUAGAUAGUUCCUAAGAUAAUUUACAAAACUUAUGCCAUACCAACCACAACAAAAGAAAACAAAAAAAAAUAAUAAUAAUAAUAAUAUUUUGGACGCUUAAUUUAAAUAAAAGUAAAGUUAAGGUAAAUUUAUUUUAUACAGACGAAAAUGUACAUUUAUAAUAUACACAUGCAUAUACAUUUAACAAUAUUUUAA